AGAACCAAGUUUUUUUCCUCUUUAUUUUCAGAUGGCAGUCAAAACUCUUUUAUUUUAGAGUUAGAUAAUUCCCAGACACAGCUGCAGCUUUGACCUGUCAUUCCAGUGCUCAGGAAGAGGUAGAAGUAUCCUUCCUGAGCCUCAGCCACAGGAGGCCCUGCCGCAGAGAGCCAAGUUGAAAUAAAUAGAUAAUACCGAAUGUCUAUGGAUCAGUUUGCUAAGGACGUGCAAGAUUGGAAGAGCUGAGAAAUCAACACUGAACCUGUUCCUUUUAAAGUUGAAGCUGGAAUUUUCCCCUUACGAGCAAGAAGAUGAUGAGUGACGCUAGUGACAUGCUGGCCGCGGCGCUGGAGCAGAUGGACGGAAUCAUAGCAGGUUCUAAAGCCUUGGAGUAUUCCAAUGGGAUUUUUGAUUGCCAAUCUCCCACCUCCCCAUUUAUGGGAAGCUUGCGCGCUCUGCACCUUGUGGAAGACCUGCGUGGAUUGUUGGAGAUGAUGGAAACGGAUGAGAAGGAAGGAUUGAGAUGCCAGAUCCCAGAUUCAACAGCAGAAGUGCUUAUUGAGUGGCUUCAAAAUCAAAUGACAAAUGGACACCUACCUGGGAACGGAGAUGUGUAUCAAGAAAGGUUGGCACGUCUAGAAAACGACAAGGAAUCCCUCGUUCUUCAGGUAAGUGUGUUGACAGACCAGGUGGAGGCUCAGGGAGAGAAGAUUCGGGAUUUGGAGUUCUGUCUUGAAGAGCACAGAGAGAAGCUGAAUGCCACUGAAGAAAUGCUGCAGCAGGAGCUUCUGAGUAGGACUUCCUUAGAAACACAGAAGCUGGAGCUGAUGGCUGAGAUCUCUAACUUGAAGUUAAAACUGACGGCCGUAGAGAAGGACAGGCUGGAUUAUGAAGAUCGGUUCAGAGACACAGAGGGGCUAAUUCAAGAGAUCAAUGAUUUGAGGCUAAAAGUCAAUGAAAUGGACAGUGAAAGACUUCAGUAUGAAAAGAAGCUCAAGUCAACUAAAUCUCUAAUGGCCAAACUCUCUAGCAUGAAAAUCAAGGUGGGUCAGAUGCAGUAUGAAAAGCAGCGGAUGGAGCAAAAAUGGGAGACACUGAAGGACGAAUUGGCAUCUUUAAAAGAGCAACUGGAGGAGAAGGAAUGUGAAGUAAAGAGGCUUCAGGAGAGACUGGUUUGUAAGGCGAAAGGAGAAGGGAUCGAAGUCCUCGAUCGAGAUGAAAAUAUUAAAAAGAAGCUCAAAGAGAAAAACAUUGAAGUACAGAAAAUGAAGAAGGCGGUGGAGUCUCUGAUGGCAGCGAAUGAAGAAAAGGAGCGGAAAAUAGAAGACCUCCGGCAGUGCCUGAGCAGGUACAGGAAAAUGCAGGACCCAGCAGUUCUGGCCCAAGGCCAGGAUAGUGAGUGUGAGGGUCUGUUCCACUCCAGCUCCAUCUCCACCCUGUUGGAUGCACAGGGCUUUAGUGAUCUGGAGAGAAGCACCUCUUCUACGCCAGGAAUGGGGUCUCCCAGCAGGGACCCACUCCACACGAGUGCUCCAGAAGAGUUUCACACCAGCGUCUUGCAAGCUUCAAUCCCUUCACUUUUGCCGCCAUCUGUGGAUGUAGAAACUUGUGAAAAACCCAAGUUGCCUACCAAGCCCGAGACUUCAUUUGAAGAGGGUGAUGGAAGAGCAAUCCUGGGCGCUGCCGCUGAAGUCUCCCUGAGUGAUGGUGUUUCAACUUCAAGUCUGCAGAAAUCUAGCAGCCUUGGAAAUCUGAAGAAAGAGGCAUCGGAUGGCUCGGAAAAGGAGUCUAUCCAGAAGCUUUCAGAGGAUAAAGCUCCGAGUGACAGCCGCACAUUUGGGACCCUGCCUCCCAAGGUCCCAGGACAUGAAGCCUCUGUGGAUGACAACCCCUUUGGCACUCGCAAAGCCAGGUCCUCAUUUGGCCGGGGCUUUUUUAAAAUCAAAAGUGGAAAGAGGACAGCAAGUGCACCCAACCUUGACCGUAAACGAAGUGCCAGUGCACCCACCUUAGCUGAGACAGAAAAAGAGACAGCUGAGCACCUGAAUUUGGCUGGUACAUCUCGGUCAAAAGGUUCCCAGGGAACCAGUCCAUUCCCAAUGUCUCCACCAUCUCCAGAUUCCAGAAAGAAAUCCAGAGGCAUCAUGAGACUCUUUGGGAAACUUAGAAGAAGUCAGUCAACUACAUUCAACCCAGAUGACAUGUCUGAGCCUGAAUUCAAAAGAGGAGGGACAAGGGCAACUGCAGGACCCAGGCUUGGUUGGUCUCGAGAUUUAGGGCAGUCCAACAGUGACCUGGAUAUGCCAUUUGCCAAAUGGACCAAGGAGCAGGUGUGUAGCUGGCUGGCAGAGCAAGGCUUGGGGUCCUACCUGAGUUCUGGCAAGCACUGGAUUAUAUCUGGCCAGACGCUUUUGCAGGCUUCUCAGCAAGAUCUGGAGAAGGAACUUGGCAUCAAGCAUUCACUGCAUCGCAAGAAGCUCCAGCUGGCCCUGCAGGCCCUGGGAUCUGAAGAAGAAACCAACUAUGGGAAGCUAGACUUCAACUGGGUUACUAGAUGGCUGGAUGAUAUUGGCCUCCCUCAGUACAAGACCCAGUUUGAUGAAGGGCGGGUGGACGGUCGAAUGCUGCACUACAUGACUGUGGAUGACCUACUGUCUCUGAAGGUUGUCAGUGUGCUGCACCAUCUCAGUAUCAAAAGGGCCAUCCAAGUCCUGAGGAUCAAUAACUUUGAGCCAAACUGUCUAAGGAGGCGGCCGUCUGAUGAGAAUAGCAUCACCCCAUCUGAGGUUCAGCAGUGGACCAAUCAUCGUGUGAUGGAGUGGCUUCGCUCGGUGGACUUGGCAGAAUAUGCCCCCAAUCUCAGAGGCAGUGGUGUCCAUGGAGGGCUCAUGGUUCUUGAGCCUCGUUUUAAUGUAGAAACUAUGGCCCAGUUACUAAACAUUCCACCAAAUAAAACCUUGUUGCGCAGACAUUUGGCAACCCAUUUCAACCUUCUGAUUGGUGCAGAGGCCCAGCACCAGAAGCGAGAUGCCAUGGAGUUACCAGAUUAUGUACUGCUAACAGCCACUGCCAAAGUGAAGCCAAAGAAGCUGACCUUUAGCAACUUUGGGAACCUGAGGAAGAAGAAACACGAAGAUGGAGAGGAAUAUGUUUGUCCGAUGGAGCUAGGCCAGGCAUCGGGUAGCUCCCAGAAGGGGUUUAGACCUGGCUUGGACAUGCGCCUGUAUGAAGAGGAUGAUUUGGAUCGGUUAGAGCAGAUGGAAGAUUCAGAAGGGACGGUGAGACAGAUAGGUGCAUUUUCUGAAGGCAUCAACAAUCUCACGCACAUGUUAAAGGAAGAUGACAUGUUUAAGGAUUUUGCUGCCCGCUCCCCGAGUGCCAGCAUCACAGAUGAAGACUCCAACGUUUGAGCAGAGCACCUGGGCAAAUGCCAGGAGCACAGAUGUCAUUUUCUAACUUUGUUUCUCAGAUAGUGAAUGCAGCAGGUGACAGGUUGUGCAUUGUUUAUUGUUUGGUCUUCUGCUCACUCAGAAGGAGAACUGUCACACGGGAAUGGUGCCAAUUCUGAGGAUACUGAGAAAAAAGACACUGGUGAACGGAAGUGCGCUUGCUCUGCCUCUAUUUAAUGUAAAGUCUGUGACAUACGUUGCAUUUACGGUUGGGUGUUUACCAGAGUGCUUCGCUCACAUCCCCAGGAGGGAGGAUCUGGCCACAUCAGUGUUCACUGCAGCCAUCUGAGCGGAAUGAGCUGCUCCCCAGAGCCAAGACCACCAUGCCAACAGCACCUCCACUUGCCUCUCACUGUCUUAUUUUUAUAUAUUUUUCUAAAUACGUGUAUAUAUACAGUAUACAGAAAGCAGAACCUUUAUUUUGUAACACAAGGAUCAAAAGAUCAUAUUAAAACGAAGAAACCCCAAUAUUUCAAUGAUCAUAUACCAGCUGGUUCUUGAAGAUACCAGAGUCCAAUUUUUUUUCCACUGCUGAAUUUUAACAGUGUUACCCAUUCAGGCUAAAUUCUACUUGAUAAACUUCUUUGGUUCUCACAAAAAUUGCUGAGCAGUUUAGAACUUGAACUUUAAUCUUGACUCCAUUUGCUUUAUAAUGAAGAAUUUUAAGGUAUUACCACAUCAACUUGAAGCCUUUAGAUGCACUCAUAUCCCAUCAGAAAAGGUUUUGUUAGAAUGACUUUGGAAAAACAAAAAACCAAACAGAACCUUUACAUCUUAAGUUUCUUUCUCUUUUUCCUUUGCUAAACUCAUCAUUAUGUUGAACUAAGGAGUCCACCUUGCCAUGUCGACUGUACCUUACACUCAGACUGUCAGCUGAUGGGGCUUCAUAUUAUCUCAAUCAGAACCCAGCUAUUUUAAAGCUGUAGAACGUUUUCUAAUGGCUAUCCUGUCCAACAGCAUGUUGCUCAUGUUUUCUGUCACACAGGGCCCAAAGGCUUUUUGUAAAGAAGAUAGAAAGCUACAAAGCAGCUGUUGAGUGGUGUGUGUCUAUGAGUGUUUUUAGCAGGGUUGGAGACAAUCUACUUUUCAUUCAGGGCUACUCUAAAUGAGAUCCCCUGUGUUCUGGACAGGAGCUUAGACACUGGGGGACAGGUGGACAGGUCACUUUACAGUGAUAGAUCUGGUGAUAGCUAUUUCCAAAUGUCAGCAGUAUGCCUUUUUUAUGCUCUGCAGGUUAUAAAGCUGUUCAUUGUGAACCUUGUAACACUGCUGGUUAUUUCUAAUUGAAUUAUCAGAUGCUAACAGGGGUUUUCUUUGAAUGCUCCCAUUCAUGAUUUCAUGACAAUAUUGGCUUCUUCCUGUAUUGGGGUUUUAGUUUAACAUGAAUAAAUACCACCAUUUGAAAAGCUCAGUUUGUUAUUAGAACCUGGUUAAAAUACCAGCAGACUGUUACAGAUGCCAAAUAUUCUUUAUCAAGGACAAUGUAACAACUGAUGAUAUGUGAUAAAGUUAAAAACUUUUGAUUAUAUAUUUUAUUUACUAAAGUAUUAUGCAAAGUUUGCAUUACCUCAUGAGAGGAAAUAAAGUCAAUUGGUAAUUGCCUUGUG